AUGAUGCUAACAAAAUUUCUAUGGUUUACAUUAGGUUUAACUUGAGCUUCAACUACAACCCACUUCAUAUUAAUAUUCAGAGAUCUAUGGACUGAUCGAAUCUUGCUUUCUUCCCAAUUGGAGGAGAAAUUCGACGUCUUGGUGACUAAGGUUUCAGGUCUUGAAUCAAAUAUUCAUGAUAUUCUCAAUACUGAUCAACAUGAGUGGGCAUCAUUUCUUUAUUAUGUAUCUUGGUAA